UGGGUGCUGAGAUGCCUCUCAGAGGGGCCUGGAUGGCGGGGGUGGGGUAGGGUAACAUAUCACAGAUGCUAUGCUCCUGGAGAGGAGAGGUCUGGCCUCAGGCUGUUAUUGUAGGCCCAGAGAGGGGCAGGGUUUGCUCAGCGUGACACAGGGCAUUGGUACUGCCUGUGGCUAAAUGGAGAAGUAAGUCUGUUUGGGCUAAGUGUUGAGAAUGAAGACCUCUUGAGUGCUUGUCUUCCACUGUUUUCAGGCAGAAAGGUCACAGUGCAGGCCUUGCUGGGACUCCCCAUCUCGGUGGUCACUUGCUCUGGUCUGGCUGGCUCUCAGCUCAGGAUGUUUCUGGGUGGGAAGAUAUAGGAAGCUCAAAAGGCAGGUCAACUUGGUAGACAGUGGAGGGCUGCAGCCAGGAGGGAGGACCGGAACAAGGAGAGAGGGCUGGAGCCAGAGGCCAGCCGGGGUAAAUGCCUCUUACCUGGGGAAGGAGGGCAGCUGCUGUGAGUCCUGCCCAGACAGGUGGCGCCUCUGUAAAGCCUCUCCUGAGGCCUCCUUCACUCUGACUGGGCCGUGGCUCCUCUGCAUACCCACUGCCCCCUUGCUUUGCCCCAUCACAGCACUUACUGGUCUGACUUGAAACUCUCCACAUCUCUCUUUGAAACGCCUGUUGAAUGGGUGUUGAGGUCCACCUUUGGCCUGGUCUCUUAACCUACCCACGCUGUGAGGGUGGAGUGUAAGGAGACCAUCAAACGACCUGGAGAAAGUGCUCAGCCAUCCACAGAGUGCUGCUGAAAGCAGAGGGCUUGAGGAAGAAGGUGGACCCCGGAGUUCAAAGACUACCAUGACAGUUUCCUCCCCAGCCUUGCCUGGCCUGGAGCCCAGCCUGGGGUGUGGCCGGCACCUCUGCGCUACUCUUGGACCUUCAUGGAUUCUGUCAGCAGGCUCCCCAAGGUGCCCCCAAAUGAAUUCUCUUCCAUUGGGCAAGAUCAGGCACUCAGCAAAAAUUUAAAAACGAGUAGUACAGCCCUUUUAGGAUUUUUCUGACGGAUUUUCUGGUUUUCUCCAGAAAACAUCCCCCCCACACAUAAACCAAUUUAAAAACAGUGCUUAUUCAGCAGCUGUUCCCUGAGCGCCUCUUCUUUUAGAUGGCAUCAUACAGGUGCUGUGGGCCUGCCCUGGAGGAGCUCAGGGCUUCAUGGGGAAAGCAAGGCAGUCAUUCACCUGUCAGCAUGAGGCCAGGAGCAGGACCGUGCUGUGGAGGCUCGGGAAGGGCAUCGUAGUUCCCAGUCGGAAACAGGGAGGUCUUUGUGGAGGCGGGGGCAUUUGGCCUGGGCACUAAGAAACAUGCAGGAGAGCAGAGAGGGUGGCGGGAAAGGCGGCACAGUUUCUGGGGGACUGGGUCUAGUCCCUAGUCCUUGGCUCAGCAGGACUGCACAUCUGCAUGAGGGAGAGCCCCUCCACCCGCCACCUCUUCCCUUUUCCCCACCUUUCCCUGCAAAUUGCUCACAGCACAUUUUAUAGGGACUAGUCAAAAUAGAGACUCAGACGGAUUUAUCCCCCGUGAGCCCACACUCGCAUUCCUGGGCACAGGAGGGAGCGGCGGGCCCGUGGGAUGUUUGCAGAGAAAACAGAAGUGAAUGAGAGUCUGGUGAGGUGCUCACUCGAAUCAGGGAAGGAGCGGGUGUCAGCGCGCCACACGCAGGGCCAGAGCCUGCUGAGCAGGAAACACACUGGGGUAGGGCCAGUCUGGCCUCUAGCAGGGCAGCCCCCGGUUCCUCAGCCCAGACAGCCCAGCAUGGUGAUCCCGAUGGCUGGGUCCUCUGGGCUUGAGGUGGGGCUAGGGGCACAGCCGAAUGCUUGCAUCUAGGACUCUUCCUUAUCUAUGAUGUGGUGAUGCCACCAGCUCCUGAGUUGGGGUGAGAGACUCAGGGAGGUCAGGCCCUGUGCCUGGGAGCCUGUACAAGUGGGAGCAGUUGUCACUGUCCCCUGGUCACAUGGGAGCCUGGGGCUGAGAACAUCCCGUGACUCCCGGUUAACUGGAACCCGCAUUAGCCAGGACUCCUGCCCACCAUCCUUCCCCUCGUGAAGGAGGUGUCCAGAUGGUAAGAUCCUGGCUGGGUGCUGGGUGGUGGGGGCUUUGACCUGGUGCUGCCCCUUUCUAGCUGGGGGGACCCAUGGCAUUUAAGCAAGCUGUGUGGCUUGAGGAAGAGAACACACAGAACCGCUCAACAGCAGGGGGCCCUUCAGGAAGCUCCCUGGACCUCACAGGGUGAGGAGAGCGAGGAUGUACUCGGGUUUUCCGCAAGGGGCUAAACUGCAAGGGCCGACACAGGCUUGAUGAAGCUGGGCUGGCUGGUUGGACCAGGGGAUAGAUGUUGCCUCAGAGUCUCCUUGGAAUGACUGGGAGUAGAUAAUUAGUGAAAGAACUCCAUGGGAAGCCCUCAGGAGACUGGAUCUUUCCUUCCACUGCCCACCCCCCACCCCCCACAAAUGUCUGAGAGACCCAGGUGGGCAGGUGGUGCCUUGCAGGGUAUAAAAGGCCUUGGAGCUGGGGAGUACUUCCCUCCUCCUCUGCCCAAGAGGCGAGCAACCCCUUACAAGUCAAGCUCUCCUGCCUGGCUCUGGUUCUGCUCCCACCGUGAUUCUCUCAUUUGCCUCCAUCCUGGGAAAACCUUUCCUUAACUUCAGGAGAUUCUGGGUUCCAGUCCACACUCUGCCCCUUGGAGGCUGUGUGACCUCGCCCAAGUCACUUGGCCUCUCUGAGCUUCAGUGGUCUCACUGGCAGUGGAGUAGCUCUGGGAGCCUCCUGUAAACAGCUCUGGAAUCCACUGUGUAUCAGGGCAAAGAAAGUGCUCCACACUUUCAGGAAGUUCAGUCAGGCGAUGGACACGGUGAUCCUGCAGGCCACAGUCCUACCUUCCUAGCAUGGUCUCCUUUCAUGAUCUGGCCACAGCAAACUUACUGCCCCACUCCCACCUCCACUCAGGCCCCCGGAACAUUUCCUGCCCUCUGAACCUGCCUAUGUUCUCAUGCUUCUGUGCCAUUGUGUGGUCACUCUUUUCUUGGCUAGAGAGCUCCUAUUUCUCUCUCAAACCCAACUCAGAUGCUCCCUCUUAGACUCCUUCCUGUCUCUUUCAAGCAGAGUCAGUUUCCCUGAGCAGAGAAAACACUGUUUUCCCUGUGUUCCAGUUUAUCUGCUCCCCUCACUGCCUCCCCUACAGGCUGUGAGCUUCCCAAGGAGAGGGAGAGGAUCUGAUUCCUCUGUACCUUCAGGGCUUGGCUCAGGGUCUGCCACCAACCAAGCAAGGACCAUUUUCCUGUGCUCACAGGGACUUCUGCUCUCUUUCCCACCUUGCAUUCCCACUCUGGAGGGAAAAAGCACUGCGGAUGAGAACAAAGCCAUGUCCUCCAUGGGAGAGGCCAGGGGCCUGGCAGAAAGUGGAGCAGGCUGAGCUGGAGAGGAGAAUUGUGCUGUGUGGAGCUGAAAGAUAAGAAGGGCCAAGGUCUGACUUGGCAGUGUGCUGCCUCCAGAAUGGACUGCAAGGGAAUCUUCCUUUCACCCUCAUUUUCUGAGUACCCAGCUUCAGGGCAGUCAUUGCUCUGCUCCCUGGGGUAACAGUGGAGCAUGAGAGAGAGACACCUCCUAAAGGGGCUUUGCAGUCUGGUGGGAGAGAUGGAAGGAACAGUGACCAAGGUGGGCAGCAGGUAUCACGGAUGUGGGAGUGGAGAGGGGCCAGAGUGCAGCCUGGUGAAAGAGGAGAGAGGGAACUAGAUGAAGGGCCCGGGCAGAGGGGAGGGCGGGAACCCGUGCAGCAGAUAGAGUGGGGGGAAUACGAGGUGGGGCUGGCCACUGGCCCGGCUGGAGGGCUCAGCAGGGAACAGUUCCUGAGGCCAGAUGGCUCCGCACAGUGGCAGCGGCUCUCAGCAGUUCUGGCUGCGGGGUGGUGGCCAGCGCUGAAGCCACUGGGGAGAGGAGGGGAUGGGUUAGGACCCACUAUUUGAGACCUGAGGACUGGCUGGAUGUGAAAGCUGAGGAUGAGGGAGACAGUCACAGGCAAGGAGGGAAGUGACAGUUGUCUCAGGAAAUAACUUGUUGGAAGAGAGGGGAAAAAACACAAAGAACUCAGCAGGGAUCUCUGCAACUCAAGGUAAUUUUGGCUUCGGAGAGCAGGCCUGCUAAUCAGAUUGUAAAAAUCAGGUACCAGGGUUUUUGCAGAAAAUGCAGCAGAUCAAAGCCAGGGUCGAUUAGGCUCUGAUUAAACAUUGCCGAGGAGGUCAGACUCAUUACGGAGGAAUGUACACAGGCUGGCAGCGCUGACGGGGAUAAUAACAGAUCGCGCCUGGCUGCGCAGACACCACGGCGCUCUGGGGACGUGGUCCUCCGCGGCAGGGUGGCCACAAGGAAUGUGAAUGGGAGCUACGGCCACUGCACCCCGGGCUCGGAGAAGAGCCUGCUGGACCUGGACUUUGCUGAGGGCCCCAGCCCCACCUGCUGCCAGGGCCUGUUUCUCCCUGCAGGAAGCCCACCACCCCGGUCUCACCCCCAAGCCUGUGAGAGGCUGCUGCAUUUCUCCCACCCUAACAGAACUCACUAGAAGGCCACAAGGAAGGAGCAGCACACUUGGGAGGCAGGAUGACGUGGCAUCCAUGGCUGGGUCGCCCAGACCCCAGGCCACAUAUGUGAACAGCAGCCUCCCAACCACACAACACAUCAAGCAGGAAUCCCUGCCCAACUACCAAGCCAUGGCAGAGGCCCGAACCUCCCUGUCUGCCCACUGUCGGGUCCCGCUGGCCACUGGCUUACUCCCAGACCUGGACCUCCCGGGCCGAAGCCUUGCCAGCCCUGUGCCUUCCUGCUACCUUAUGGGCAGUGAACCCAGCUCUGGCCUGGGCCCCCAGCCUGAGGCUCACCUCCCCGAGGGCAGCCUUAAGCGCUGCUGCCUCUUGGGCCUACCCCUGACCACCUCAGUCUCCUCCUCAUCCUGUGCCUCCUCCGACGUCACCUCCAUCAUCCGCUCCUCCCAGACGUCUCUGGUCACCUGUGUGAAUGGACUCCGGAGCCCCCCUCUGCCAGGAGACCUGGGGGGCCCUUCCAAGCGGGCCCGGUCUGGCCCUGUAUCCACGGACAGCCACGAGGGCAGUUUGCAACUGGAAGCCUGCCGGAAGGCGAGUUUCCUGAAGCAGGAGCCCGCAGAUGAGUUUUCAGAGCUCUUUGGGCCUCACCAGCAGGGCCUGCCGCCCCCCUAUCCCAUGCCUCAGUUGCCACCUGGCCCGAGCCUUGGAGGCCUGGGCCUGGGGCUGGGCCUGGCAGGCAGGGUGGUGGCUGGACGGCAGGCGUGCCGCUGGGUGGACUGCUGUGCAGCCUAUGAGCAGCAGGAGGAGCUGGUGCGGCACAUCGAGAAGAGCCACAUCGACCAGCGCAAGGGUGAGGACUUCACCUGCUUCUGGGCAGGCUGUGUGCGCCGCUACAAGCCCUUCAAUGCCCGCUACAAGCUGCUCAUCCACAUGCGGGUGCACUCGGGUGAGAAGCCCAACAAGUGCAUGUUUGAAGGCUGCAGCAAGGCCUUCUCACGGCUGGAGAACCUCAAGAUCCACCUGAGGAGCCACACGGGCGAGAAACCAUACCUGUGCCAGCACCCGGGCUGCCAGAAGGCCUUCAGCAACUCCAGCGACCGCGCCAAGCACCAGCGAACCCACCUAGACACGAAGCCGUAUGCCUGUCAGAUCCCUGGCUGCUCCAAGCGCUACACGGACCCCAGCUCCCUCCGCAAGCACGUCAAGGCCCAUUCAGCCAAAGAGCAGCAGGUGCGUAAGAAGCUGCACGUGGGCCCUGACACCGAGGCCGACGUCCUGACAGAGUGUCUGGCCCUGCAGCAGCUCCACGCGUCCACACAGCUGGCUGCCAGCGACGGCAAGGGUGGCUGUAGCCUGGGCCAGGAGCUGCUCCCAGGUGUGUAUCCUGGCUCCAUCACCCCCCACAAUGGACUGGCAACAGGCCUCCUGCCCCCAGCCCACGAUGUGUCUUCCAGGCACCACCCGCUGGAUGCCACCACCAGUUCCCACCACCAUCUGUCCCCUCUGCCCAUGGCUGAGAGCACCCGGGAUGGGUUGGGGCCCGGACUCAUCUCACCCAUAGUCAGCCCCCUGAAGGGGCUUGGGCCACCACCGCUGCCCCCAUCCUCCCACAGCCAUUCUCCAGGAGGCCAGCCCUUCACGCUCCCGAGCAAGCCUGCCUACCCACCCUUCCAAAGCCCUCCACCCCCGCCUGUGCCCAGUCCGCAAGGUUACCAGGGCAGUUUCCACUCCAUCCAGAGCUGCUUCCCCUAUGGUGACUGCUACCGGACAGCGGAGCCAGCAGCUGGCAGGGACGGACUGGUCGGGGAGACCCACGGUUUCAACGCCCUGCGGCCCAACGGCUACCAAGGCCUCAGCCCGCCCUUGCCUGCCCCAGGCUAUGAGGCCCUGGCCGAGGCCUCGUGCGCCACAGCGCUGCUGCAGCAGUCAUCUGAAGACGUGGUGUCCAGCGGCCCCGAGGACUGCGGCUUCUUCCCCAAUGGAGCCUUUGACCACUGCCUGGGCCACAUUCCCUCCAUCUACACGGACACCUGAAGGAGCCCCAUGUGCACCUGCCUGCCCAGCACUGCAGAUGUCACCUCACCCACCUGCUGUCACUCCCACCCUCCAUAUACCCCGCGGGAGCUCCAGGCCACAGCCAGAAUAUCUGGGCCAUGACCCAGGGAGCCAGUUGGCCAUGCCACCCAGCGCUGCCAGGGAGCUGCCGUCUGAGCCCGAGCUGGGCGCACAGAGGUGCCCUUCAGGACUCACGGCCCUGUAACAUUCCCUCGAUCGUGUCUUCCUGUUCCUCUCCCCGGUGGUUUUGAAAUCACAGACCUCGUGUAUAUAAAAUAUGCAGAACUUGUCUUCCAUUCCCCUGCCAGUUUUAUAUUUUUGGUUUUACAAGAAAAACAUUAAAAACUGGAAAGGA